AGGUCAGGGCGGACCAGGACGGGGAUCCAGCGGAGGAGCCGGCAGAAGAGCCUCCAUCAUCAUCUGUGGAGAUCCCAGAGAAGCCCAGCGUUCCUCUCACCAAUCUGAAAAAGAUUUUUGAGAAAAGCCAUGAAGACAUGUCCUUCACCUCGCCGCCACUCUCAGACAGGUGAGGUGAGGGACGUGACUACGUGGUGAUCUGAUCAGUCCUGCAGCAGACGGAUGAUGUCACAGACCAGGUUCACCCUCGCGCCUCACCAAAACCCUGUUUACACCAGUCACUUCCUCUCGUGAGUUCACUCGCCACUAAACUGCUAAAUCUCUUCUCUUGAUAUAAGCUCCCUCCACCUCAGGCCGGGGAGAGGCGUGGGGGCAUAAGAGCCCUGGAAUUAAUUGGCCCCACCCCUCCCACACACUGACUCAGACUCCCCCCACCCCGCCCCCCAGGCUGAGCCCUUCCCAGUCACCACACAGCCUCCCUCCUUUGUAACCCCCCCCCAGCCCCCGAGCCAGAUGCUCCUCCAUUGCCCCUCAUGACCCACAUCCAACCCCCCUCCCCAACAUCUCGCCUGGCUUCUCCGUUUGUCAUGGAGUCAUUUGAACGUUUGCUUUGCUGAAUCUUCACCACUUGCUGUUCAGCAGGGAGCGUCCCUCGUGACACAGUCCGACUCUGAGAACCACAUGUCCGUAAACACAGCUCAGAGGCGUCUGACAAGCGCCACACUGUCAGAAGUUGGUCAGCCGCCUGUGCCCCUCCCCGCGGCCCCCCAACCUGCCAAUGGCCUGGGCCCAGCCCUGACUGAACACCUGCUCUCUGUCUCCUUCUCUUCCUCCUCCCAUAAACAUCCCCGGGGCUCAGUCGGCUCCUCCGUCUCUGCAGUGGAGGCUCUCUCUGCCAAAGCUUCCGUCCCGUCUUGUCUGUCCUCCCCUCAGGACACCAGGGACCAGACCACCGGGAGUGGACGCGCAAGUCCCGCCAGCAUGGAUCAGCUCGUGAAAGACGACACCCUUGCAGAGUCCACUCCUCUUCGUGACAGAAUGGCUCUUUACCAAGCUGCCAUUUCCAAACAGGAUGUUUCACCUGGCACCACAGUCAACGUGUGCUCUCUUGCUGAAAAGGGCCACGCACUUGAGAUGUUCAGUGAAAAGCACAAGGAGAACUUCCCCCCCGUCACUCUGGCCAAGAGUCCAGACUCUGAGAACAGCGGGCAGACGGGGCACCCGGGGUCGGCUUCCAGUCCACAGCUGUCGGCCAACCGGAGAGACCUCUCCCAGUCCAAGACCCCAAAAAACUUCUGCGUGCCGAUGCGGGAGAGCUGUGUUUUCUGUCAGAAGACUGUGUAUCCCCUGGAGAGGUUGGUGGCCAACCACAACAUCUACCACAGCUCCUGCUUCCGCUGCUCCCACUGCAAUACCAGACUCAGCCUGGGGAACUACGCCUCCCUGCACAACAACGUCUACUGUAAGCCCCACUUCUGCCAGCUCUUCAAGGCCAAAGGCAACUACGACGAGGGCUUCGGACACAGACCCCACAAGGAGCUGUGGGAGAGCAAGAGCGAUGCAGCCGGGAGCCCCAGCCCAGCCAGCACCCAGAAUAAAGGGCAGCCUCCAGUGGGUUCCUCCUCAGGGUCAGAGCCGGAGAGCCCAGGCGUGGAGGAGUCACCCCUCGCUAAGGUGAACGUUCUGACAGCCACCAUGGAGGCGCUGCACCAGGAACCAUCAGAGAAGACGGACAGACCCACUGGCUCACGGAGACUGAAGAUCUCCUGGCCUCCUCGAACCGAUCCAGAAGAUGGAGCCGCAAAGACUGCAGAGGUGGGAUCUGCUGGCAGGUCAAUCCGAGCCAAGUGGCCUCCAGAGGAAGACUCUGUCUCCUCCCCACCAGAGCAGGUCGCAAAACCAGGCCAGGCCCAGGAGCUGCUGCCAGAAGCAGGGGGGCCGAACCCCUGCGAAAGCAUGGAUGAUCCCCAGGAGCACAUCAGUGAAGACCUUCAGGAUCACUAUGAGGAAGAGAAGUGCACACCAGAGGAAGACCUGAUGGAGGAGGACGUUCCAUCUGAGGAGACGGCUCUCAUGGAGAAGGCGCCGCCGUCUCCUGAGGAGGACGUGGACGCCAGCAGUUCCUCUCAGGACGUGGGCUUCUGGGAAGGUGAGGAGGACCGAGAGGAGCAGCCGCAGGAGGGGCUGACAGUGGAGGCCCUGAUCAAGCGCAACAGAGUUUAUGAGGACGAGGACGAUGUGUGACCUGCUGCAGGGAGGAGGGAGACGGCCGGAGACGCUGAGCACAUCGAGCUGGUGGGCAGGGUGACAUUCACUGAGACGUCCACGGAGGCGGCAACAGUUUGGAAUCUGGAGUCUGUCCAUCAAUGUACACACAUGACAGGGAAGUGCUGUCCAAGGACACGCCCUGCUGUAAACUGACAAUAAAAGUCUC